UUUGGAAUUUAAAUCAUUUUCGAGGAAGUGAAUUCUACCAGCCGUUUCAGUUACUCGAGUGCAUCAAAAGCGACCUAAAUCAAAGUUGGUGGUCCUGAGUUAAACCAGUGAUAGAACACAAAGCGCACCGCAAAUCAUCCGACGUCAGCAACAUUUGAUCGCCAUUCUUGUACGAUCCAAUUAAUGUACGUUCGAAGCAGAGCGGAGUAUUCUCUAUCAAAAGAAUUUCCGAUUAUUCGUGUGAUAUUACUACUGGUGUAGACUUCGAUGAGUUUAAUUUCGUUGACCUCAGAUUUCGUUCAUAUCUCCGAUUACGUCUGUAAGCUGCAGUGUUUAUAUACAACCGGAUUUUAAUGAAUCCAAUCAGACGCGAUCCUUAGAGCCAAGCCUGCGGUUUUUUCUUACGAUCGCUCCGUUUGUAGAGGUCAUUAUUGCGCCGAUAAGCCUAACGAGCAGUCGCAGAACUGAAUCUCAGACCGCCAGCAAGAGUGCAAAGGUGUCCAGCAUUACGGCGACGUACGCUACACUCGGCCCUAUGUUGAGCUAUAACCAAAAAGUGAACCUAUCGGAAUUAAUGCUGCUAAAUGUGCUAAUAAAGCAUCUCAUAAACUCUAACGUUACAUAACGUCAACUUAAAGUGUUCUAACACAGAAUCCAUUGUUACUUUAUCGAAAAGUGGAAGGAUUAUCAUUGAAGCGCCAAUCAAGUGCCAACCGUUAUUGAAUAGCACCAGGAGGUACACGAUAAAAGCUAGUCCUCUGGACGCAGUUGAUUGAUAGAUCAAAGGUUUCUGAAAAUUCAGAAACUGUCAUACGGAAGAUUCUCAAAUCAUUGACACAUAUUAUACGGGUUCGAAUAGGAAUGAUGAAUCUUAAAAUUCUUUAUCUGCUGGCUACGCUAGCGUUACUAGCACCGCUAAUCAAUGGUCGAGCAGUAGAUCUUGACCAGGACAAUUCGCUUUCGGCAUCUUCUACCGGACCCCGAACGACCUCUAGGCCAAAUUUUGUAAAAAUCACCUCACAGCCACCACCACAAGUAACUCAGAUUCGGGGAAGUACCGUCGAGCUAGAAUGUGAAGUAAUGGGCUCUCCGACGCCUUUCGUUCAGUGGGUACAUGGCAGUGGCCAAACGGCAGAUUGGGACGACGUAAGCAUGAACAUCAUUAGUGAAAGCAGUCCAACUACAAUGGCACGUGUGGUAUCACGUUUAGUAUUGGAUCACUCGUCAAGAGCUGCCGAGAGUACCUACACUUGUAUUGGCCGUUCUGGAGGCCAAAUUGCUGUCGCGUCUACAACUGUAUUCCACGUCGAUUCUCCACGUUCUAACUUCUCUGAUAUUCUAAAACCUGGCGUUCAUCACGUAUUUAUGCAUCUCAAACCAGCCCGCGUUACGCUUCACUAUCGAGCUCUAUUCGAAUAUAUGGGCUCGACAGUGAUUCUUCCCUGUAAAGCCGUUGGGCGUCCAGUACCUGAUAUUACAUGGAAGAAUGAAGAAGGCAAUGUUAUAAGCAGCGUGCAGGAUCCAAGAUUUCGAACUCUGCCAACCGGAGAAUUAAUUAUCAGCGAUCUUCGAUGGGCCGACAUGGGCUCGUAUACUUGUGUUGCCAAGAAUGCUAUCUCAAAGGACGAAGCGGAAACUUUUCUCUAUCCCAUUCGACCUAACUAAUUAGGACUAUGACGUGAAACACAAGCAGAAUAUCGGACUGCAUAGAAUCAUGAACAAAACGGAUAAGCUUCGAAACAUUCCACAUAUAGUUACUAUUUUCAACAGUCAGUAAUAAACACUUAUGCCAUUUACUUAACUUAUUAAUCAGCAUGUAGGAACAAAAUGCAUAACAAAUAAUUUAUUUAAAUAUUCUUUAAAAAGUAUUUGAAACAAUUUAUCAUAUAAGUUACUACCUUGAAUAUUAGCUAGUAAGUUUUUUUUCUACAAAUGCCAACGAAUACAACAGAAUCGUAAAAUCUUGUCAUUAAAUUGGUAGAUGUAGGUAAAUAGAAUUCCAGCAAAUGAAUUCGAAACUAGGUGUACAUUGUUUUGGAUCGAUUCCAGAACUGUUUGUCAGAGUACACUAAGCAUGAAGUAAUUGAG